GCCCAUCGGCUAUGCAAGUGAUUUGGUUGCGCUGUGGGGUGCGGACGGUUAAGAGAGCUUGAAAAGAUGCAUUACCUGCCCUGUUUACUCUGGAUCAUCGUGGGGUUCUUUGUCGGCCUGCAAUGCCAAACAUUUCCUGACAAGGUGCAGAAAUGUCAUUAUGGAGAUGGCAAGUGCCUGGCAGAGUCGGCCAAUGCUCUGAUACGUAAUUAUCCCAAGGGCAUACCCGAGAUCAACCUCAAGCCCUUCGAUGUGGUGAAUGUGAAGGAUUGGGUGCUGGUCAACGAUUCACAGGUGGGCGGUGCCUGGUACUACUUUCUGCUGUACAAUCAAAUAAAUCUUGGCUUCGAGAACACCACCAUCACCGAGAUCAAGGGCUUCGAUCGGGACCCGACCAAAUCAAAGAUAGAGAUCCAUGGCAAGAUACCCAGAUUGGUGUACAAAGGCAAGUACCAGGCCAAGGGUCGCAUGCUCUGGAUGGUGGACAUCAAUUCCCAAGGCGAUUCCAAUUCGGACUUCCUCAACUUUCGCUUCGAUCUGACGCUGAAAGUGCGCACCGAAUACAGGAACAACAAGCGAUACAUGAAGAUAUAUGAGCUGGUGCCCAACAUACGACUGGAUCGCUGGAUCCAGUGGAUGGAUGAUUUCUUUCCGGAUAACUUUGACAUGACCAUAGCCAUUAAUAAUCUGUUUAAUCGGAAUUGGGUUGAGUUCUGGAACGAGUUGGAGCCGGGUAUAUUGCGUCUGUUCGAAACGGUGUUCCUGGGCAUGAUUGAAGAUCUGUUCUACAACAUACCAUACGAUGAUCUCUUCCUGGCCGAUGCAGAGUCCGUUUAGCUAUUAAGUUAUACAAUCGGGUAUAGAAUUCCCUAUGUAUUAAACUGUUUGUGACAUUAAAGGCAAGUGAAAAAUGUCUAACCGAA